UGGGUACUUCGAUCACUUUGACACGUUUGGAGGGGGAUUCCCCAAGUGCUUGACCAUAACUUAUCCUUGUAAUUAACCUCAAGUCCGUCAGAAAGCUUUUGUAAGGGUCGAAUACCCAGAGAUGACUCUUACAUUUCAUGUUCGUCCGGCUAACGUAAACGACGUGGACGCCAUGCUCAAGUUGGUUCGAGAUCUUGCGACGUAUGAAAAAGAACCCGAGUCUGCAAGGGCUACCCCUGCUCUGUUUCGAGAAAAUAUAUUCGAAAAGAAAUAUGCGCACACCCUCCUCGCGUUUGAUGGAACGCCCGAGGCACCCGGAAUAGCAUUGGGCAUGGCCCUGUAUUUCUUCAAUUUCUCAACAUGGACAGGCAAGCCUGGCCUCUUCCUCGAGGACUUGUAUGUAUCCCCGCAUGCAAGAAAUCAGGGCAUUGGCAAAGCCCUUUUUGCAGAACUGGGCAAGAUAGCUCAGGAGAAGGACUGCGCACGCCUUGAUUGGUCGGUACUCAAGUGGAACACUCCAUCGAUCGCAUUUUAUGAAAACAAAUUGGAGGCUAAAGGAAUGGAAGAAUGGAUGGGUAUGCGGCUGGAGGAACAGGGGAUCGAGAAUCUGCAGAAGCUUGUUGUCCACGCGGCCUGAAGCCAUUAAUACAGGGUCUUCUAUAUCCUCGCCAAGUAAUAGCAUAGGUACCAUUGCGCAAUGCGAUGUCAGGGUGCCUUUGUAUGACGCACGAGCUGACCGAAAGACUAUCCGACCUCGGGUAC